AUGUCUUUCAAACUGAAAAAAUACUUCAUCCCCACAAAAAAAACAUGCAUUCAUCUUCUCAAACACUGCAAAACCAUGUCCCAACUAACCCAAAUUCAUGCCCAGAUUGUGAUUCUUGGUCUUUCUCAAAACGCAGAUGCCAUUCACAAGCUCAUGGCUUUUUCAUCCAUAACAAACUUACAUUAUGCUCAAACAUUUUUCAACACAAUUCAAACCCCAUCUUUAUUUGCAUACAAUGUACUUACUAAAUCAUAUGCAAAAAACAAAGAUUAUAUUAAAACACUUUCUUUAUUUGAUCAAAUGAGAAUGGUUGAUGGGUUAUAUCCUGAUAAUUAUACAUACCCUUUUGUGUGUAAGUCCAUUGGGUGUUUAAAGUUUGAAUCAUUUGGUGAAAAGAUUCAUGGGGUUGUUUUGAAAUGUGGGGAUUUGGGUGAUUUUUAUGUUUGUAAUUCGGUUAUUGAUAUGUAUGGCGAGUUGGGUCGUAUUGAGUAUGCGAAGAAGGUGUUUGAUGAAAUGCCUGAACGAGACUUGGUUUCGUGGAAUGUGUUGAUAUCGGGUUGUGUUAAGUGUAAGAAGUUUGAGGAGGCUGUUGAGGUGUUUUUGAGGAUGAGGGAAGAUGGUAAGGUAAGGGCUGAUGAGGCUAGUGUUGUUAGUACGCUUUCGGCUUGUGUAGCUUUGAGAAAUUUGGAACUUGGGAAGGAGAUACAUUGUUAUGUUAAGGAGGAGAUUGGGUUUACGAUGAUUAUUGGGAAUGCGUUGUUGGAUAUGUAUUGUAAGUGUGGAUGUUUAGACGUGGCGCGAGAGAUUUUUGAUGGGUUACCGAAGAAAAACGUUAAUUGUUGGACUAGUAUGGUGUCAGGUUAUGUUAAUUGUGGAGAGUUGGAUGAGGCAAGAGUGUUGUUUGAUGCUAGUCCGGUUAAAGAUAUUGUUCUAUGGACGGCUAUGAUAAAUGGAUACGUGCAGUUUAAUCAGGUGGAUGAUGCAAUGGAUUUAUUUCGACAAUUGCAAAUGUUUGAUAUUAAGCCUGAUAAGUUCACGGUUGUUGCUUUGUUAACUGGGUGUGCACAAGUUGGGGCUUUAGAACAAGGGAAGUGGAUUCAUGAAUAUAUGAACGAACAUAAGAUAAUGAUUGAUGCUGUAUGUGGGACUGCUCUUAUUGAUAUGUAUGCAAAAUGCGGGUGCAUAGAGAAGUCUUUGGACGUAUUUUAUAGGUUACGUGAGAAAGAUACUGCUUCAUGGACAUCGAUUAUAUGUGCACUUUCUUUAAAUGGAAUGACUCGCAAAGCACUUGAGUUAUUUCAUGAAAUGAAGGAAUCUGGAUUCAUACCUGAUGAUAUUACCUUCAUCGGUGUCUUAAAUGCUUGUAGUCAUGGGGGGUUAGUGGAGGAAGGUUGGAAGCAUUUCGAAUCAAUGAAAUCAGUGUAUCGAAUUGAACCAAAGAUAGAACAUUAUGGGUGUUUGAUUGAUCUACUAGGUCGUGCUGGGCUAUUGAAAGAAGCGGAAAAGAUUGUUAACAAAAUCCCAAAGGAAAAAGAUGAUAUUUUAGUUCCGGUUUAUGGUGCUUUGCUUAGUGCUUGUCGAUUAUAUGGUGAUGUUGAUAUGGGCGAGCAGUUAGCUGACCGGUUAAGUGAAAUUGAAAAUAGUGAUUCGAGUAUUCAUACACUUAUGGCUCACAUUUAUGCAUCUGUUGGGAGAUGGGAGGAUAUGAAAAAAGUAAGAAGCAAAAUGAGAGUUGAUGGAGUUAAAAAGGAGCCUGGAUGUAGUUCUAUUGAGAAACUUUGAGGUUUCUGCAACCACGGAUUAUGGAGCACAAAAGUAGCAGGUGGUUCUGCCAAUUUGGAAGUAAACUUGCAUAUAAUGUUGUCACCUAUGCAAUGCUGGUGGGCGGGAAUGGUUUGGAGUCUCGAGACUCUAAUCAAAACUUGGUGGAUAAAUGACAUUUUGGGCAUCCUUGAACAUGGAAUGGUAUCUGCAAUUCAGCAGCCAGCAAUUAGGCAAAUUUUGGACAAUUCUGGCCUGACCCAAAAGUAUCUGGAAACGUCAGGAAGCUAGUUGGCGGCUUGAUAUUGCAAAUUAUUCUACAAAGCUUUGAGGCUAGUCAGUUUCAUUGGAGGUUAUGUACAUACAUUGACGGAUAAAGUAAAGAAUUUUCAUGAGAUUUACUUAUUGCUAGAUGAGUUCAAAUGUAUUUAUUAGAACUAAUAUCUCAUUUUAAUAUUUAGAAUUUUCUGAGGGUCAAAAUUUUAAACAGUUCUACUGUACCAUGUUUAGUUAUGAAAGUGUCUUUGCUUUUGUUCAAUGUUUAUUAUUCAUGUA